UGUGGGUUUUUUUUUAAAGCAGCCCACAGACAAGGUCAGAGGCAGAGGUGUUUACUUGGAGGUCAUCCAAGGAACAUAAAUGAGAGUGGGAAGGUGAGAGAGGAGGAUGAAAGGCAAUAAAGGGUGAGAAUCUUGCUCUUGGUGAUCAGCUCCACCAAUGGAGAAGGGGACAGAGUGCCUCAGGAACUGCCUGGUUGAACAUCAUGAAGUCGGGCUAGUUAUCUGGUCCCACUCCAUUGCAGGUUUUCUCAAGAGUGUGAAUUCCUCUGAACUGAACUUUGAAAGUUGUUGGGAGGAAACCUGAGAAAGAAAAGCUGAAAGAACUGAGUUCCUCCUGAAGCGAUUGGCUUCUUGUCUGCUGUUGGGGUAUUUAUUGUUCUUCUAGCUGUCCUCUUCCUCUUCAUCAACAAGAAGCUGUGUUUUGAGACCAUAGGAGGUCUUCCAUGCCUAGAGCAACAUGGGAAAAGAAAGCACUCUAAAGACAAGAAUGAAAUCUGUGAAGGGCUGGCUGAGAAGUUUUGAGAGUGACAUAUUCAGAGCCAUUAAGAGACCUCCAAUUUAAUUUCUCAUCAUGCUUAUUCUGUAGUUGAUAUUAAGUCCAGAGUACUGAAGGAAUGGAACAAGUGGACUAGUAGAGACUUGAGAUAGCUGGCCAUGGUAUUGGCCAUGGCGUCUCAUGAUGCUCAGAACUUCUUCCAACCUCUCACUUCCUGGAUAUCUCGGGCUUAUGAAGCUCUCCAGCAAGCAGGUGAUACAUUAUCUGCUUCGCUGCUUAACUUAAACAAACAAGACUCUAAAUUGAGUGAUGAGCUAGACCAGAACCUAGAUGAUAUUAAGAUUCAGGAAACUUACUUUGAAGAUGAAGAACAUGGCAAUGCUUGGAGUCAAGAGGAUGCAGAUUCCUUGUUUGUUGAAGUGGAUCAUUUCUCCUGUUAUAAUAGUGAUUUGCAGGACUCUAUCCGAAGUUCAAGGCCCCGACUUAGCCAACAUGCAAAGGACUCAUGUUCUAUAAUGUCCCAGUGGCACAAUCAAACCCUUGAUGAUCAAAUGCCACUACAUGUGCUUUCUUCUAUUGCUGAGGAAGAACAUCAUCUUGAAAAGCAAAGGAGUGGCCUUCAAGACAGCUUUGACUGCCAGCUUUCUGGUACUUUAAAACAUGUUAAUGGAAAAAAGCAAGUUAACAGCUUUGGAGAUGAUGAAGAGCUCUCCACAUCUUCUGACACUGAUGAGGAGGUGAUCAAACAGUUUGAGAUUUCUGUGUCUCGAUCCCAGAGCUUCCGUUCUGGUGUGUCUGAGAAAGGAAAACAGACAGGACUGGAGCGGAAACCCAAAUUUAAUCAGUUGCUUUCAGCCCAUGAAGAGGAUAAUACCGAAGUGUCUGCCUGUGAAGAUUUAGAUGUGGAUGAAGCCAGCCAGCGAAAUUAUUCAGAGACUCUAUCUUACGGUAAAGAUGGUCCCAUCCCUGCCCACUCACUCUCCCCAUGUGAGAUGGGAGCUACCAGGCUCCAUGGCACUUCUUCGCAAGAGACCAGUGUGGUCCGCAACCUCAGACGCCAGUCCACAGAAGGCAGCUUGGAGACGGAGACAGCUUUUAAUAACCGGGGAUUUGAAGACUCCUAUGCCACUGACAGCUCUUCUGUGUGGAGUCCAGAGGAACAUGAUGGGACCACUUUUCAGGUGUCAUCUAGGGUCCAUGAACCCAUCUCAAAAUGUGGUGACCUAGAUGUCAUCUUCGAAUAUAGAGCUUUCAGCCAGAAGCUCACAGUGAACAUUGUGAAAGCACAGGGCCUCCCAGAUAAGGACCGAAGUGGCGUCAACUCCUGGCAAGUGCAUGUAGUGUUGCUGCCCAAUAAGAAACAGAGGGGCCGAACAAGCAUACAGAGAGGGCCCAACCCUGUCUUCAAGGAGAAGGUCACCUUUGCUAAGCUGGAGCCCAGAGAUGUGGCUGCCUGUGCCGUCCGAUUCCGCCUCUAUGCUGCCCGCAAGAUGACCCGUGAGAGAAUGAUGGGAGAGAAGCUAUUCUAUCUCAGCCACCUGCACCCAGAAGGGGAAAUGAAAGUGACUCUGGUUCUGGAGCCAAGAUGUAAUAUCAGUAGUGGAGAGUCUCCGCUUAGCCCAUCUGCAGUUUCUCACAGUGAUAGUGCUUCAUCUACACAGUCACUGUCUCAUGGAGGGGUGCCAGAGCUGUUGGUGGGGCUGUCCUACAAUGCCACAACGGGUCGAUUAUCUGUGGAAAUGAUCAAAGGCAGCCAUUUCCGAAACCUCGCUGUUAACAGAGCGCCUGCCUUUAACUGUGCUGCAGUCCACAAAGUCUCUGUUCAACGGCAUCUUGUUAGUCAAUCUGUAUUAAAGCCAUUAGCGCAAGUUAGUAAGGAAAGCCCAGCAAUAUGGAUAACAGAAGAGACCAGGUGCAUAAGCCAUAUUCUGUGUCGACGCUCAGAGCCAGAUACGUACGGAAAACUAUUUCUCCUCAAUUCUGUGGGUCAAGAGAUGUCCCGGUGCAAGACAUCUAUUCGACGUGGUCAGCCCAAUCCUGUCUAUAAGGAGACCUUUGUUUUCCAGGUGGCCCUCUUUCAGCUCUCUGAUGUCACUUUGAUGAUUUCCAUUUAUAACAGGCGUACAAUGAAGCGUAAAGAGAUGAUUGGUUGGAUUGCUCUUGGUCAGAAUAGUAGUGGAGAAGAGGAACAAGACCACUGGGAAGAAAUGAAGGAGACCAAAGGUCAGCAGAUCUGCAGAUGGCAUACCUUGCUUGAAUCUUAGAUUUGCUGGCAGCUAUUUGACUUUUCCUCUUCUGCUCACUGCUGCAUUUUACUCAACACAAGAACAGGGUUGCAAACAGGGAUUGGAUUAUACUAAUCCCUAGGACAUUCUUGGGAUCUUUUGUUUCUUAAAGGUUUGGUUUAGAUUUGAGAAUCACUGCUUUAAAACCCCUACUUUUUCAUUCAAGUGUACUGUAUGGAAAAUGUUAUCAUAGUUGUGAGCAGUGAUAAUGAGUUAAUUUAUGUUAAUGAGUUGUUGAGUUUGGGUUCAGAAUGGAAUGAAGUGUCUCCUGCAGUCACAGUUAACUUAAAGAGUAAUGUGAGAUUGCUAAGGAGCUGUUGAAUGUUACUUUUAUAACCAGUUAGACAUAUGACUCAAUUUUCUUAAUAUGGUGCAAAAACUCAGAAACCAAAAUGAAUCAAAUGCUGAUGCUCAUAGAAGAUUGUAUCUAUCAAUAAUUCCCUAAUCCAUAUUUUCUCUUCAUCAAAAACUCUCAUUUCUUUAUCUAAUAAACAGUAUAAGCUUGUACUUAUAAAACAAAUUUGUAUUAACUAAAUACCUCCUUUAAAUAACAUGUUUUCCUAUGAGGUUUGGUUAAAUGAAUUGCAUUCAUCUAGCCAAACUCAAUGAAGUUUGAAAGCUGUUGAAAGGAACCAUUUCCUUUUAAAUAUGUAAAUCUAUGAACUUGUAACUUUCAAGAUUUUUAUGCUGUUUUUCUCACCUAAUAAAUUCUUACAGAAUUAGGAAAAAAACAAAAAAUCUAUUUCAGUCAUUGAUUUUCUUUAUUUUUUAAAAUCAGUUUUCUUUAAGAUCACACUUUUGAAAAGAAAUAUCAUUCUACGCAGAAUGAUAUCCACUCACACAUAUUUUGGAUGUUCCUGCAUGUGAACCAUACUCUUUUCAUACAAUAUUUUCUUUAGUAAAUUGUACAUAUUGGCUCUUUAAUAAAUACUGAUUUGUUUGAAUCUUUAAAAUGACAUUGAUGUUCUAACACCCGUUUCUGGAGAAUUUUCUGCUUGUAUGGAAUGAAUCUGGUUUUCUUUGAGCAUUUGAAGUGCCUAUAAUUGUCAUUUUUCAUAGCAUCUGCAACAUAAAUUAGUCACUACCUGCAUACUGGGCACAUGCCAUUCAGAAUACUGAGCCUAUAUAUUUAUGAGCAUGAACACUCAGUUGCUUUUUACAUAUUUGAGCAGUGCAUGUUCCUUUUUCUUUUUCUAAGCUCCAAGCUCAUUUUUGUUGCUUUGAAUGGGCAGUAAUAAAAACAGGAAAGGGAUGUGUACAAAUGUAACGUUGUGCCCAAUGUACAAUUCUGAGCAAUUCCUCAGUCUCCUAUUUUUAACUUUUAUGUUUCAUUGUUGACUUUUUGCUGUCUGGGGGAAGAGUGAUAGCUAAUGAUGGAUGUGCACAGUUAAAAACACAUUACUCCUCAUCUCUUCAUUUUGACAGAUUGUAAACGUAGGCUGUAACACUUGAAGAACAUAGUUAUUCCUUACAGUGUGUAAUGGUUAUCCUGAUAUAUCAGCCUAGAAGCAUAGCAUAACUCUACUAGAAUCUCUAGUUCCAAGUUUUGAAAAAAAAAGUAAUUUCAUAUAGAUAAAAUAGCACUAGAAAAAUAAAUUAAUAUCUUAAUAUCUUUUCAGAUUAAGGGAGUUUCAUAGAUAAUAUGUCCAUUAUUGAAAAUCAGUAAUAAAACCAUACUCCUUUGGGUUUUUAGUCUACCAUUUGGAAGACCUCUAAGUGCUUUCCCAACAUUAUAUCCAUUAGCUGCUGAGUGGUCUUUGCAGUGUGGCUGUGUCAUCAAGUAGAACUGAGUGCGAUUGAUUAAGUAGCAGCACAAAGAAUUGGCUUUUCACAUCCCUUACUCUCUUUAUGCGCCUGUGUUUAAAGGGAAGUAGAGCAGCCUUGUUACGCUUUCCUUUAUGCAGUAACAUAAAAGCAUCAUUCACUUUAAAAUUUACAUUUGAAAAAAUCUGCAUAUAUUGUACAGACAGUCCUGAAUUUUUUUCUUCAUGUAUUUUCGUAUUCUGCUUUGCUGUAUUCCUUGUAUGAAGGUGCCCAACAAUCACCUAGCCUUCAUUUUCUUUUGCUUUGAUCUGUUCAUUUUAAAGUUUUCAGCUGGUGUGGUGAAAAGAUCCUUGUGUGCUUGUCCUGUUUUCCAGUAGUAGGAUACAGUUUAGAGGAAUGCCUAAGGGCAUUUAAGGGAAGGAAUACUUAAAAGGCAUUUUUAAUUUUUAUAAUUUGAUCAUUUUACCACAUAUCUCAAUGUACAGUAAUAUUUACCUUAUAUAGUGAUAUAUAAUUAGAAAAAGAAAGUGAUAAUUAUAUAACAUUAAAAUAUGAGACUGAUUUUUUCGCAUUUAAAAUUUUGGUUCAUUACAAUAUUUCAAUUUUGUACACUUAAACUUCCUUUUUUUUCUUGGCAAAGUCUAGACACAGUGCAUUUAAAAUGUUUUUCACUUGAGCUUUUACAUCUACACUUGCUUUCAAAGGAGUUAUAAAAGAUAAUUAGUUGUUUAUUCAGUGAUAGAGCUACUUUUGCCUAUUUUAUCUAGCUAAUAAUUAAUAUCUCAUAAAAACACUUGGAAUUGAAAAAGCACCCACAUUUGUUACAUGAAUUCUUUUCUCCAUGAAUUCUCCCAAAGCGAAUGCUUUUCAAAUAAUAUUGUUAAGGGUAAAUGAUGCAUUAGGUUUUUAGAAAUCUGCCUUAUCCUGUGCCUUUUUCCAACCCCCAAGUCUAUACUGAAUUGAGAAGUGCUGGUUUCACCAUUCACUUGGGGUAACUCUUGUGCUCUCCACUCCCCUCUAACUAUUGUUAAAUUUUAAAAUGGCUCAUUCACUAGUCAUCCAAGCACCUGCUCUCUGGCUCCCAGUGCUAUGCACAGUUAGUUUAGGACCCUGUUUUUGCUGUGAGAUAUAGCUGUGAGUGGAGGUCUUCUCUUUCUUAUAAGAAUUCAUAAUGCCUUUGCAUCUUUAUACUCAACUAUACUUGGAAUAUACUUAUCCCCCUGCAUGGCCCAAGAAACAAUUCUCACCAUGAUUGCAAGAGGAAAGCAGAGUAUAGCUCUGAAUUGUUCUUCACUUUUGAUAAUAAUCAUUCUGCUGCUCCUUCAAAGACAGUAAUUGAUGGAUUUUGAACGUCGAUUUUCUCCAUAAUUCUAGGUGCUAUAUAGUGAGUCUGAAUCACAGCCUCUGCCUUUGCAAUAUGUAGCUUUUACAAUGUUUUACAAAUUGUUAUCGAUCAAUUACUAUGCUUCAUAUCCUAAUUGUACUGGAUGAUCUGAUCUAAGGAUCAGAACUCUUUUCUCUUCAAGUGAAGAAUCAUUUAAUUUAUACUAUCAUUGGAUUAAUUAACAGUGCUUCACCAAGCCCUGAAUCAAUUAAGUUGAUGGUGAAGAGUGGACAUAGUAUUGUGCUUUCUCCAAUGCCUUUGUGUCCAUUUGUAGCAGAGGACUUAGUAUAUCAAGAUCAUAAAAGUUCACAGGAAAGGGGUGAUCAUGGAUGAAAUAAAGGCGUGCUAUUUAUGUGUAUGUAUGUGUGCAUAUUUUCAGCACCAUGAUAUACAAUACUGUUAAUGAUAGGGUUGCAUGCAUAAGAUAUUCUAACACCAUAUCCUUCACCAGUGUCUACUUUCUCUAACAAUAACAACAACAGCAACAACAAAAAAAACAGGACUAGAAAACAAAUGUGGCAUCUUCUUUUAUCUUUGAGGUCUCUAAGGAUAAGGACUAUCCUAUUCCAUUUGAUCCACAACAAAAUCAAAUGAUUAAUACUACUAAAUUUGAAUAGAUAUUUUUGUCUUAAAAGUUAUUCAGGUGUUCUAAAGAUAAAAACUAAGAAAGACUAUAGAAAAUUAAAUACACACGUGUAAGGAAGAUUUAAAAAUAAAUAUUCUGGAUACCUCAAGUACCUAUUGGCAUAUAUCCAGAAAAGUAAUAUAAUUAGACAAAGUCAUUUCAGAAUUUUUUUCACAACUUAUGGAACUUUGAGAAUACUGAAAGAUUUGGGGAGGGUGAUAUUCAUAUAAUACAACUGAGAAGUUGACACAGGUUGUGGUUUUAGCCUGGGUUUGGAUAAACUCUGGUAACUGUGUAGCCUUAAAAAAAUCAUCCAGUUAGCCUGUGUCCCUAUUUGUUUAACUAGAAAAUGAAAAUCAUACUUACCUCAUAGGUUUUUUAAAAAAUGCUAAUGAAGUAACAGCAUAGAUUCUGGCAUAUAGGAAAUGAUAGUAAUAUUUCCCCCUCACAGUCAGGUUUGGAAAAGGUAUAAUCAUUUAAGGUAUUUUUCUUCUUCUAGUGCCAGUAAUAGUAAUACUAGAGAAAACAAAUAAUUUUUGAAUUAUCAUUGUAUUAUUUAAGUAACAAUGAUUAUUUUUAUAAAAUUAGGCCCAUGAUGCUAUUCUUAACUUUUUAAUAUAGGAAAUCUUUUCUUUUUGGGGAGUUUUUUAAGAGAGGCUCAGGAGACUCGGUGGACUUCUCUUGGUGAUUCUUGAUUGGCCAGUGGUUCAAUGUGAGGCAUAAGAAUAGAGUGUUGCUCUCAAACCCAGAGGUGCCAGAGACUACCCAGGUCACCUUGGCAGUACUCCAGGGCCUCCAGGGCCUCCAGGGCCAUACCUGGCAAUGCUUGAAGGACCAUGUGGUGCCAGAGAUUGAACAAGGGCUCACUGCAUGCAAGACAAUGAGCAUUAAUCUCUGUAAUCGCUUUAGCUCCCAGAAAGGAAAUCUUAUCAAGUCAAUCUAAACAAAGAUAGGUCUGAUUUGUAGAGGAAACAGAGUCCUAAUAAAUUCUCACUGAUCUGAUAUGAUAACCAAAUCUUUGUCUUUUAUCCCCUUAGUUAGUAUGGACUCUUAUGUGCACAACUUUAUAAAGAAUUUUCCUCAACUCCAGCUCUUUGCUAUUGUUUAUACAUGAACAGGGCAUCCCUGUCCUCAUCAAAAUUAUUGACAACCUGAAUACAUAUUUCAAUUUUGAUCUGAAUAAAUAUAAUGGUAUAGCCCUCUAUUAAAACAUACAAUGCUCAUUUAGGCUUGGGUUAUAUAUCCUUUUUAUCUGUUAGAAUAAGAGUACUGGGACAUGCCUAUCAGUGUUUGGGAUUAUUUCUUAUUCUGUGCAUACUAGUAUGCACAGAAGUACUCUGAAGUACUCUCCUGGUAGUACUUCAGAGAUCAUAGUGGUACCAAGGAUAGAAUUGAGGUCAACAAAACGCACAGCAAGUGUCUUAUCUUCUAUAUUGCUGUAAUUCUUAAAAUUUUUUUACAAAAUGAUUUGAUAAUACAUUUUUUGACUGUUUGAUUGGGAAGUUCCCUUAGGACUAAUUAUUCCCCUUAAGAUAUCAUAAUUAAAGCAGUUCUAUCAGAGUUGAUGCUACUUUUCAAAAUGAUGUUUUGAUUAUUACUAUUUAUCUCUUAAAACACCACAAAAUAUAUCUGGAAAUAAUUUUUUUUUUGUUUAUAAGUUGCCCCAUACUCAGAAGUACUAAGGAGCUUCUCCCAGACCAUUUUGGUUCUGGGGAUUGAACACAGGCUUCCUGUAUUAUCUCAGUCUGUUGACUAUGUCUCCUCUGACCCAACAAUUUCGUUGUGUGAUUUUCUCAAUCAAAUUGGGUACUCACUACUUCCUUGAUAUUUAUAUUGAUAAUUUUAGCUAAUUUACAGUUUAAAAAGUUUAACUCUACAAAAAAUAAAGGAGAUCUUAUAUCUAAGAGUUGGCCAAUGGGAGCAAAAGAAGUGUGAAUGUACAUUUAUAAUUUCACUAAAAUGUUGACCCAAGUUUUAUAGUUUCUAGGUCAGAAGAAACUUGCAAAGAAUUAUGUAACUCAAGGGGUUUUCCUUAAAUAAUUUUGCAUGCAUGUAAGUUGAAGGGUUGAGUAUAAGUCAGAAUGGUAUGGAGUAAUUUUUUGGUAAUAGUUAUCGAGAAAGAAAAGGAUUCUUACUGAGAGUAUGUGAGCUCCUUCUUAACUAUGUGCACAGAUUUGAUGAUUCUACGUCCAAAUCAGGAAAAGAGGGCUUAAUUUAGAUAUAAGGAAAAAUGCAUGAUGAUUGUUUGACAUGAAAUCAAAUGUGUUUGUUGCCUCCUUAUGUCUAGCACCAUGUUAUUUGGGAUAGUAAAGGAUUGUUUUUGGAGCGAUGUGACUACACACUGAAGCAAUUAGUCAUCAUAAUGAAAACAACAAUGCUUACUAACACAAUUGUUAAAUUAGCUCACUUACAUGUCACACUAAGUAGUUUCUUGUUAUGGGUUAUUUGGAGGUGAAACAUAUCAAUUGCAUUUACUGGAGAAAACAUUGAGAAAACUUAAAGUGAGCAUAGGUACAAUGGAAGGGUAAUGGCCAGAGGUAUCACAGAAUCAUUAUCUACAGAAAUCUUUUAAAGCAGAACAAGCUAUAUAGAUAUGGGUUAUGUCUAAAGAAGAACAGAAGAGCACCUUGGAAGAGAACCUUAUAUUAUCUCUAUAAGUCCAUUAUUUUGCCUAUAAUUCCAAACAGAAUCAGCAACAUGUUGGGCCUGUAUUGCUCUUGUUCAGACUCACUUUUCCCUCUGUUACCCAAAUUGUUAUUUCUUUUCAUCAUAGAAGGUUUUCUCAGGGGAGUUCGUGAUCUGGCCUAAAUAUCUUUAGGGACAUCUAACGCCUCUGGUUGAGUUUUCUCUCCUGGUGUUAUAACUGUUUUUGUUUCUCUUGGGUCACAAAACAGUAUGUACACACAUAAUAAUCAACUGUAUUUAUAGCCACUAUGGAACCUGUAAAAGAGCCCGAGGCUUUAAAAACAAACUAAGAAGCAGUUGUGGAGGUAUGCGGACAUUCUUAAAAUAAAACCACCAUUCAAUAUUGCUAACUGCGCUCACUGCUCACUAGCUUACUAAUAGUUUGCUCUAAGAUGACUCAAUGGCAGUUUUUACUCCAUUCCUCUGAGAAACAAUGCUCUCAAUUGCAUUUUGACUAUGAUAAGACAUGACUUUUCAUUGGCACCUCCUUAUUUAUGCUUUAUUUUUAUUGUCUUUACUUACACUGAAAUUUAUACUAGCUAUUUCAUAAAUUUGCUUUUAUAUAAAUUUAUUCAUUGAAAAAAUAUUUAUUAAGUAUAUUUUCUGUUCCAGAUUCUUGUUGAGGUCUUAAGAAUAGCAGAUGAAUAGAAUAGUUUGAACUCAACAUACUUUUGUUUACAAGUAUUAAUUUUUUGAAAAAAAAUAGCUAUAAUAGAACUAGGUAAUUAAUAAGAUCUUUUAAUAUAUUUUAUUUUUUAGUUUAAUUUUUAUUUAUUUUUUUCCUUUUUGGGUCACACCCAGUGAUGCACAGGGGUACUCCUGGCUCACGCACUCAGGAAUUACUCCUGGCGGUGCUCGGGGCACCAUAUGGGAUGAUAGGAAUUGAGCCCGGAUCGACUGCAUGAAAGGCAAACGCCCUAUCCACUGUGCUAUCACUCCAGCCCCGGUUUAAUAUGUUUUGCAAUGGUCCCUUUACUCAUCUCUGAAAGGAAAAGAAUUUAUUGAAAAUUUAAGGUAUUGCCACUGCCUUUCUUAAGAAAUAAAUAUUCUUUUUGUCAGUCAAUGCUGUCUUUCAAAAUAAAUGAGGCAUGUUUUAUAUCCAGGGAAAGAGAUGCAGUAUUCCAUUUAACUAAUGAAAUGAGUUGUCUUGUGAAACAGAAGUUAACUAUUUAGUAUGUCUUAUUUUUAAUAUCGAAUGCUCUUUGCAAGUUGGUGUAUUUGGUCCCAGUGUGCUAGGUCUGCAAAAUCGAUCAAGACAGAAUUCUGAUAAACUCUACCUUUCAUUAGUUGAAAGGCACGAGUACAUUUUAUUCUACAGGAAAUGAAAUGGAGACAAUAGCUGCCAGAUGAAGGGGUGAUGCUCUGAGCAAAACAUCUGUGUUUACUUCUCCAUUCUUUUCACUGAAACUUCUUUUAGAUAUUGUAAAAUAAACAUAUUUGGGAUAUCUCUAUGGAAUGGAAAAGAUCAAUAUCAGGGACCUGGAGAUGGUAUGAGCCUAACCACAGUAAGGGCACAUGCCUGCAUGCCUGAGUUCUAUUGACUGUGUCUUGGAAUUCCACAGCACUGCUGAGGUGGCUCUGGGUAUCCCCAACACUCUAGGGGCAAGAUCAGCCCAUAUUUGGGAUCUUGAGCUGAACUCACAGUUAAUCUAGUCAAGAGUCACUAGUGAGGCACCCAGAUAUUCUGAGCACUGCUUCGGAGCCCCUAAGCCCCCUAAAGAUAAACACUAAGCAUGUAUCUGCUUUGGCAGAUGACCUAAAAAUUGUUUUCUAGGGGCUGGAGAGAUAGCACAGCGGGUAGGGCGUUUGCCUUGCACGCGGCCGACCCGGGUUCAAAUCCCAGCAUCCCAUAUGGUCCCCUGAGCACGGCCAGGGGUAAUCAGGGUAAUUCCUGAGUGCAGAGCCAGGAGUAACCCCUGUGCAUCGCCAGGUGUGACCCAAAAAGCAAAAAAAAAAAAAAAUUGUUUUCUAGUCACAACAGUUUUAUGUUAAUUUGCAUCUAACAUAAUCUAGCAUAAAUAAUAUUAAUUCUUUUUAUUUUAUAAUGAGACAAAAGAGCUUCCAAAUAGAUACACUGCAAUUUUUAAUAACAUGAAAUCUAUCUCAAACAUCUAUAAAACCUAUCUCAAUUAACAUAAAAGCCUCUGGGGGCCUAAAAAUUCUUAGUGAUGACAUUUCUUUAGCAUUAUCUGGCUGAUGGCCUAUAAUAUAAUAAUUUACUUGUUGAUUAAAACUUUUAUGAUAGGGAAAAGAGAUCAGAAGUUUGCCAAAACAUCCUAUACCAAGAUGGGUACAUUUGUUAUAGUUGAUGAACCUGCAUUAACACUUCAUUUCACCGAGUAUCCAUAGUUUACAUUGUGAUUAAUAACUAAUAUUUCACUUUUAAUAAAUUCUUCAUGCCUCCUUCUCCUUCCUACCAUACUAUCCCUUGGCAACCAGUGAUUAUUUUUUACUGUUUUUUUUAAUUGUUAUGCCUUUUUCUGAAUGUUAUAUGGUUAAGAACCAAAUAGUUUGUCUAUAACCAUGCAGUCUUUCCAGAUUGACUUUGCUCAUUUAGCAAUACAGUACAUGGAAAUAUCUAAAUUUAUGCUUUCUGUAUGUCUUUUCAGGACUUGGUGGCUCAUUUUCUCUUUAAUAUUAAAUAAUAUCCUAUUGCCUGCAUUGCCUGGAUGUACCAGUAUCCAUUCACUUAUAUUUCUAGUUCAAAUUACUGUAGUAUAUUUUUUAAUAUGCACAUUUUUAAAAAAUGCAGAUAAAUUCCUGUGGUUAAUCAAAUAGAAUAUAGACAUUUUCUAUAAAAUCAAUUUUACCUAUGUUAUAUUAGGCUAGUUUUACAUCUGUAGAGAAGAUUCAUGAAAAGUUUCACAUAAUUCCUAAUUUAUAUUAAGCUACCUUAGUAUUCCCCACCUAACUGGAAUCUAAGCAAAGUUCUAAAAGCUAUCUGGAUGUGAUCCUCAAAUUUAGCAAUUCUUUAGUGUUAUCUGUUGUUGAGCAAUGAUUUAAAUAUACAUUGAUAAAAUGUGCUAAUUAUGUUAUUACUGAUUCACGAUGGAAAAGCACCUUCUGUUACUUGUUUAUAUGACAUUGCAUUUACCACUGCUGCCAAGGGAAAGGGUGUUCUGUGAUUACACACUGUUACAGUCAAUUGUACAAAUUAGCUAAAAGUGUACAUAAAGCAUCUGGAUCAUAAAACAUCUAUGAUUUCGGAAUGGAAGGAUGACCCACAAUAAUGCAUAAGCUGAAUGACCAUGUGGUGGAUAUUAGAACUAUAACACUGAGUGUAUGGAAGACCUGACUGCUGAUCAAUAUUUGGUAAACAUUUAGGCAUUAUUUAUGUCUGUCAACUGUCUUUUACUUUGUAACUAUAGUAACAUAUAGAACUGACUUUACAAAAAAGCGAUAGGUACAAUUAUAGAAGGAAUAGUUGACUAGUGUUGACAGGAUUGGUAUUGUAGUAACAAGUCUUCCUCUAAAGAACUCUAAAAUAAAUGUCAAAUAAUAAGUUCUUCAAGCCUUCAUUUUCACGUCUUUCAUAUAGAAAUAUAAUAGUCAUUUUACUUUUCACAGGUUAUUGUAAGGACAAGAUUAAUUAUCCCUAUGCUAAUAAGUAACAAAUACUCUAACUUGUCUACUGUAUCACUGUUAUCCUGUUGCUCAUCGAUUUGUUCGAGCGGGCACCAGUAACGUCUCCAUUGUGGGAAUUUUUGUUACUGUUUUUGGCAUAUUGAAUACACCAUGGGUAGCUUGCCAGGCUCUGCUGUGUGGGCUAGAUACUCUCGGUACCUUGCCGGGCUCUCCUAGAGGGGCGGAGGAAUCAAACCCGGGUCACCUGCGUGCAAGGCAAACACCCUACCGCUGUGCUAGCACUCCAGCCCAACUCCUCUACAUUAGGGACAAAUACAUGGCUAGAUGGAAAAACAGAGGAUUAGAGUUUUUGAAAACCGUUUUUGAAUACUUUGGAGAAUUAAGAGUUUUUGAAAUAUAAUAGAACAUUUCACCAUGUUUAUAUUAAGUUCCUGUCAAUUCUUGCUAUCAAUAUUUUUAAGUAAUUGACACUUUAUUGUUUGACAUUUAUGUAAAUUCUGCCAGUCAUUGAGUUUUAUACACAAAACUAGCAAUUUUAUGUAAGAGUUACAGUUGGAAUAUACUUUGGUCUUUCUAUCUCUGAGAAGAUAAAAAUAAAAUACUAGGUUCUAGUUCUUUUGGUUAGAGAUUCUGACCCUAGAACAAAUAGCGAAAUUUAUCUUUUCAACAGGCUCAUCAAUUUUGACUUGAACACAUGCCUUUUAUAGAACAAUUUAACUUUAAGAGUAGGGAGAAUAUUGAAGAAAAAUUAUUUUUUCACAAAAUAGAAUUUGAAUACAGUAUUUGGAAAAUAUUUACCCACUCAUAAUGCUCCUUCAAAUUUCCUUUUUAUUUUUCUCCAAAAGUCAGUCUUUUCCAUCCAUCCCCUUCCAAGAGACUUUCAUCACCCACAGGAUCAUUUUUCCUUAACAUUUACUAUGUUGCAGAAAAAAGGCAGAUUAAAAAGUCAUUUUCAAGGUACAUCCAAUAUUUCAUAGCAAUAUUUUGUGUUCUCUGCAGGAUAAAUCUGACUAGAUGUUUUUUGUCUUCAUAUGGCAUCUGAAACAGUUGUUCACAUUCACACAUUUAUGUUUCACCAUAUGCAUACUUGUGUGCCACACUGUUGUUUUAAAAUAUUUUAUUGGUUUUCUUUUAUAUCUCAACUUUUGAUGAGUGUUCUUGUAGAACUUGCAUAAAAACAUGUAAAUGUGAAUGAUUCAUUCAUUUUGAACAUAUGUAACUGCUUUGAGGAGAUUUUACCCUAUAUGAAGCAUAUCAUUCUUAACAGAGAUUAUGCCUUGCUUUUCUACUUUAUAGCUGGAUACAGGACAUAACUAAUAUAAACCUGUAAUUUUUCUGUUUUUUUUAAUGAGCUAUUUAUAUGUGCUUAAUUAUCUUGAGGUUUUGGUGGUUGUGAAAUGGGCGAUGAUGAUAUAGAUUUCACUGAUGAGAAUUGCUUAGAAUUAGAUGAUUUAGAACAAAAUUUGGUGUACCUUCAGAUUUAUAAGUCACUAGAAAGCAUUCCUGGGGAAUGUCAUUGUUCAAGGAGAAUCUUGUAAAUUGCAAGACAGAAACUUCCAAACAUUUUUUGUUGCUUUCACAUUCCCAUGUUCAGUCAUGUCAUAUUUCUUCACCAAGGAUUUUCAGUAGAGAAUCUUUGGAUAGUUCCAAGGUUCAAGGGAGAAACAAAGAGUAUAUUCUCCUUCAAAGAGUCGAACUCUCAUUUUUGAAACUUCGGACAGCCUGUAAUACAUUACCUGUUAGGUAUCCUUGUGUUUCUGACAUUGUGACUUACAGACUCAUGGUGUCUCCUGUUGAAGAAGCAUGAAUGUAUCUUUAGCUGAAUUCAGAACUAACAGUUAUAGAAUGUAAUAAUCUACCCCAUUUCUAAGAUUACUUCUGUCAGUGAAUAAUUUAUAAAAAGGGUGUGAAAUUUUUUUAAUUGUUAAAAAGCUAGAUAGUAGCUUUCUACCUUUUGUAAUGUUUCAGAUUUCAUACAACAAUCUUAAUGUCCUACUAUUGCACUGUUAUGUCUUGUAUUUAACUGGGCAAGUCAGUGAAAUAUUUAAUGGAUACACCCCCAUGUUAGAAAAAGAUUUUGAAAAUAUAUUAGAACAUAGGAAAUUGUUUACCUGUGAUAAAGAAUAAGUUCGUGAUUAGAAGAAUUAUACAGUUUUUCUUGUACAAAUAAUGCUUAAGACAGAUGUUCAGUCUAACAGUGAUGUUGAAAGCAUAUUUUAUGCAGCCUAAAAACUAUUUCUGUAUUAGAUAUUUAAAUGCAUGAGGAUACAUUCUAAUUGCUUUUUGUUUAAAACAGAAACAUAGAAGAAGCAUUAACCCCAGUUUGUACAAAAUGUCUGCUACAACUGAAUUCAUGAUUGUUCAAAACUGAAAAUCAUUCCAAUUUUGUAAAACUGCUGCUACUGGUUUUGUCAAUAAAGUUUAAGCAGAUGGCUUAUA